AUGAAGAAAGAAUUUAAAGGAAAUGAAAAGACGAAACUUGGCGACGUGACGGAAGGGCGAAUUAGACAAAAAGACUACAGCAACGGCUUGCCAAUGACGCGUCUCAUCGUAAGCAAUGCCACAGACGCCGACGCAGGUCCAUAUCGUUGCAUUGCGACAGCCUUUGAGAGCACCGAGGAGUCCACACAUGAAAUCACAGUUCGAGGUGAGCUUCUCAUGUUCAUAUCGCAUCCUGUUCUGAGACCAGACCAUUACCCAGCGUGUGAUGAUCCAGAGGCGACACUGAAGCUGACGCCGCGAACGACCGAGGGGAUUGCGAGCGUGGGAGAGAGCAUUAUUUGGGAGGUGGAGGUGGAGGCAGAUGCCAAUGACAAGCCGAAGCUCGUCUUCAAACGCAACGGAUUGGAACUCUCCACUGGACCGAAAUAUACCGUCGAGAAAGGCUUGAAAAGCGCCAGCCUCGAGAUCAAGAACAUCUCGCUCGAAGACGAGGGUCCCCACGAACUCGAAGGGAUAGUCGGACGGAAUAGACAGACGGUCUCAUUCCAGCUCAGCGUGAAAAGUGGGGCAGAUGCGACAGCUGGCAUAGCAGCAACUUCCGCUUCUGUCAUUUCACUUGUGGGUCUCAUUGUGGGCUCCAUCUCCUACUAUCGGUUCAGGAAAGAGCGAGCGCUGAACAUCGCAGUGACAAAGGAAGAUUUGGAAAAUUUCCAAAAAGGACAACCUAAUAAAAUAAAUCCCGCCUUGGGACUCAGCGAACAAGCGCAUCUUCUCCCUUACCACAAGGCCUGGGAAUUUGCACAAGAAAAACUGACAUUGGGCAAGCCUUUGAAUAAGAAUCUAAGUAAACUGUUGACAAAUCUUGAUGAAACCGUUCAUUCCACGACGACUUUACCUCCCGCCACAGGGGACGAACUCGGUCAUGGGGCAUUCGCAGUCGUGAUGAAGGCCGUCGCUGCUGGUAUCCAUCCUCAGGAACAGAAAACGACAGUGGCCGUGAAGAAGAGGCACCAUCACUGCAACCUGGAGCAUUACCUCGCCUUAAUGAUGGAACUGAAGAUCAUGUGUCACCUCGGCAGGCACCUGAAUGUGGUGAACCUACUGGGAGCCUGUACCAAAGAUAUGGCCCGCGGAAAUUUGAUGGUCAUUGUGGAGUAUUGUCCAUUUGGAAGCCUCGAUGGUUAUCUCAGAACGCACGCAGACUGCUUCAUCAAUCAGAUUGACAGUGAGACGGGGCAGAUAAAACGGGACAUUCCGAUACCGUCAAGUGAGAAGCCCAAUAUUGCUUUGACCACCAGCGAUCUGAUUUCCUGGGCCUUUCAGAUCGCCGAGGGCAUGAAGUACUUGGCUUCCCGGAAGAUGAGGAUGGCAUUCAGAGUGUCACCUGGAUGUACUGGGUUCGGUGGUGAAGAAGUAGCAUCUCUGACAGGCAAACAGAAGGACACAUGA